AUGCCUAAUUUCAAAAAACAAUAUCCGAAGUAUCCAGAAAGCAACUUAAUGAUCCAUUUUGUUCAGUUGAAAGACCAGGGAAUUUAUACUCUUAGAGCAAAUAACAGUAAUGUAGUAAAGCUUUUGAAUUUUUCUCUUACAGUUUACGAGAAGCCACAUGUUAUAUUAAUCGAAGCAGAACUCAAAACUUUUUACACUCUAAACCAAAGCGCAAUAUUCGCUUGCCAAGCCACUGGCAAUCCUAAGCCAAAUAUAACGUGGUUCUACAAAAUGUGUCCAGAUUAUAAUUCUACGCAUAAUUGUAAAACAGUGGAGUUGAAGGCUGAGCAGAGUAGAAAUAGCUUUUAUUCAAAAUUAAAAGUAAAUUUGGCAGCAUUUGGCGAAAUCAUUUGCAAAGCCUGCCAUUUAUAUGCUUGUGACUCGAAAGGACAUGGAAGUCAAAUUACUGACUUAGUCGAUGAUGCACCUUAUGGACUAAUCGGGCCAGAAGAGACGUAUUAUGGUGACAACGUUACUAUAACCUGUGCUGCUGUUAAAAGUAAAUAUUUAUAUUUAAUUUGGUUGGACGACCGCUUUGAAAAAAUAAGUAAUUCAGAAAAAAUUCAUUUAACAUCAAAAGUCACUAAUUUUACUGUUCGUAAGGAACUAUUAAUCUAUAACGUAAGUCAAUUAGAUGAGAAAGACUAUUACUGUGACGUAAAGUCUAAUUAUAGGAGUAUCAAAAGAAUAAGAUACUCCCUUGUUUCUAAACUGCCGAGGAAACCUUAUUUCAUCAAAGACAAUAUGAAUUCUACCAACGUAACUGAAUUAUCAACAGAUGCUCAAAACGUUAUUCAUUUGUUGUGUUACGUUGGAGGAAUGCCAUCACCGAAUCUUACAUGGUACAAGGAUGAUGAACCUUUGGAUCUCCCGGAAGAUCGAUUCAGCCUGUUAUCUAAUAGUCAAAAAUUAAUAUUAAGAUAUCUGAUAACAAAAAAGCAGUUGUUAAAAGCUGGCUUGACUCAUUUUGAUAACGGAGCCGUUGAUUUAAUAAAUCCUGAUCUUACAGUUAAUGAUCAAGCUGAGUAUCUUCCAUAUGAUGAAAAGUGGGAAUUUCCUAGAAAAAAACUACAGUUAGGUCAACAGUUGGGAAGUGGAGCUUUUGGGGUUGUAGUAAAAGCAGAAGCUUCUGGGAUUUGUGCUACGGAGGCUGUCACAACCGUAGCUGUGAAAAUGGUUCACGAAAAUGCUGAAUCAGCUUAUGUUCGCGCUCUUGUGAAAGAAUUUAAAAUUAUGAUGCAUCUGGGGCAACACUUGAACGUUGUAAAUCUUCUGGGUGCCUCUACAAAAAAUAUUGUUAAACGUGAAUUUUUAGUGAUUCUUGAAGCCUGUGCUUAUGGAAACCUACAAGAUUAUUUGAUAUAUCAUCGACAAAAUUUCAUAAAUCAAAUUGAUCCAUCUACUGAGCAGAAUAUAUGGGUUCAGCAUCGUCCAAUCAUUCAAAUACGUGUCCAUUACAAUAAUGAUUUACAGCCAGGCUGGCGUUCUAACUACGAAGCUAAUUACGAAAACUGGAAGCCUAAAUGCAUCUGCUCCCAUGACCUUCUUUCUUGGAGCUAUCAGGUGGCUCAUGGUAUGGAAUAUCUAUCAAGGAGAAAUGUUUUGCACUGUGAUCUGGCUGCCAGAAACAUUUUGCUGGCAGAUAACAAUGUCGUCAAAAUUUGUGACUUUGGUUUGGCCCAGACAUUAUAUAAGGAUAUGAACUACACGAGACUAAACAAUGUAAAGUUGCCAUUUAAGUGGAUGGCCACUGAGUCUCUCAGGGACGGAGUUUUUUCGACAAAGUCUGAUGUUUGGUCAUAUGGUAUAGUGCUUUGGGAGUUAUUUACACUUGCAGAACCACCGUAUGCAGGCAUGCAUGCUUUCGAAGUAUAUCAGAAACUCAUGGAUGGAUACAGGAUGGGAAUACCUAGAUAUGCCACGAAACAUCUUUACAAUAUAAUGCUUAAAUGCUGGGAGGAUGAUUCAGCUCUAAGGCCAUCAUUCACAGAAUUAUCGAAAAGUAUUGGUGUGCUGUUAGAUGAAGGUACGAGAAAGCACUUCGAAAAACUGUACCAUGAGUAUGAGGUUAUCAACAUGAAUGCUGACUUAAUAAAAGAAAAUGAUUAUUUGGCAAAUAUGUCUUCAACGGACCAAGUAGCGCUUGCCCUACCUCAACAGUACUACCAAAAUAGGUUACUGGAGGUUGAAAACCCUCUAUACUUUCUUGUGACUUGA